AUGGCUUCUAAAACGUUCAGCCUCGCGCUGCAGGGAGGCGCAGCCUCCGUGGCUAGAAGCAGCGUCUGCAGGUUUGCUGCUGCUCGAGCAGCAACAGCAGCGGCAGCAGCAGCAGCAACAACGCACACAGCAGCGCGACAGCCACCCCUAGACAGAAUGUGCGCAGCAGCAACGAGACCCGCUGCAACAGCAAAUCUAGGGGUAGCAGCAACAGCAGCAAUAACAAGAAAAGCAGCAGCAGCAGCUGCUGCUGCUCUCCUUCGCAGUUUUCAUUCCGCGUCGGCGUCGAAUGGGCAGCAGCAGCAGCAGGACAAGCAGCAGCAGGAGCAGCAACAGCAGCUGCAGCAGCAGCAGCAGCAGCAAGAAGAGCGAGGCACCCAGCAGAAUUCCAAGACAUCAGCUUCUCCCAUGAGCGAUGAAGAGCUGGAGGCGAAGCUGCUGCAGCUGGUGGAGAAGACCCCCGUGGUGCUGUUUAUGAAGGGAAGGCCCGAAGCUCCUCUUUGCGGCUUCUCGGCGAGGGCUUUGCUGCUGCUGGAAGCAGCAGGAGUUAGGGAGUACACCUUCGUCGACUGCAGCAUUCCGCAGCACCUGCCGCAGCAGCAGCAGCAGCAGCAGCAGCAGCAGCGGCAGGGGCAGCAGCGGCAGGGGCAGGAGCGAAAGAAGCAGCAGGGGGGAGAGGGGGAGGACUCUGAGCAGCAGCAGCAGCAGCAGCAGCGGCAGCAGCAGCAGCAGCAGCAGCAGCAGCUGCAGCAGCUGCAGCAGCGGCAGCAGCAGCAGCAGCAGCAGCAGCUGCAGCAGCUGCAGCAGCGGCAGCAGCAGCAGCAGCAGCAGCAGCAGCUGCAGCAGCUGCAGCAGCGGCGGCAGCAGCUGGGGAGGUGCGUGAAGCGGGUCUUCGACUGGCCCACUUUCCCGCUGCUGGUGGUUAAGGGGAAAGUUGUGGGAGGAGCUGAUGUGCUGCAGGCGCUGCAGCAGCAGGGGCAGCUAGCUGCGCUUUUCAAAGGCCUUUCGGACAGCAGCAGCAGCAGCAGCAGCAGCGGCAGCGGCAGCGGCGACGGCGGCAGCAGCAGCUAG